AUGCCUACACCUUCGCCUAAUACUAUUUGCAAACUAAAACGAUCUUUAUAUGGAUUGAAACAGGCACCAAGAGUAUGGUUUGAAAAGUUUCGAUCGACAUUACUUGGUUUUGAAUUCACUCAAAGUCAGUAUGAUCCAUCUCUUUUCCUACAAAGGACUCCUCAAGGAAUUGUGGUGCUUCUCGUUUAUGUGGAUGACAUUGUGGUAACUGGCUCUGAUCAAGUUGCUAUCUCAAGAAUCAAACACCUACUGCAUUCAACUUUCCAUAUGAAAGAGUUAGGCCAACUCACUUAUUUUUUGGGUUUAGAGGUGCAUUAUCAUCAUGAAGGCAUUUUUCUAAAUCAGCAAAAGUAUAUUCAAGACUUGGUCCAGCUAGCUGGACUCACAAAUGCAACCCCUGUUGACACUCCCAUAGAAGUUAAUGUUAAAUAUAGACGAGAUGAAGGUGACCUUCUAGAUGAUCCCACUCAAUAUCGCAAGCUGGUGGGAAGUCUCAUCUAUGUAACUAUCACUCGUCCCGAUAUUUCUUUUGCUGUCCAUACAGUAAGCAAGUUCAUGCAAUCUCCACGGCAUUUCCAUCUUUCAGCAACACAACGAAUCGUUAGAUAUCUCCUUGGCACUUCAAAGCGUGGUUUAUUUUUUCCUACUGGUUCAUCAAUGCAACUCCAAGCAUAUAGUGAUGCUGAUUGGGCUGGAUGUCCAGACACCCGAAAAUCUACUACCGGCUGGUGUAUGUUUUUAGGAAAUGCUCCUAUUUCAUGGAAAUGUAAGAAACAAGAUUCAGUCUCAAAGUCAUCCACUGAAGCAGAAUAUCGUGCAAUGUCUGCCGCUUGUUCUGAAAUUAUAUGGCUGCGUGGUCUUCUUACAGAGCUUGGAUUCUCUCAAGAACAACCAACUCCAUUGCAUGCUGACAACACCAGUGCCAUACAGAUUGCAGCAAACCCAGUUUACCAUGAACGGACGAAACACAUCGAGGUUGAUUGCCACUCUAUUCGAGAAGCUUAUGAUCGAAGAGUCAUCAAUCUACCACAUGUCUCAACAUCUGUUCAAAUCGCUGACAUUUUCACUAAAUCCUUGACACGUCAACGACACAAUUUUCUACUUGACAAAUUGAUGCUUGUAGAUUUACCAGCAUCAAUUUGA